CAUGCUGCUGACUGAGCUCUCUGCCUCUCCUCUCAUUCUCUGCCUCCUUCGCUUUGCCGGCACACGCACAUAUAUAUACACACACGCACACACACACACACACACACACCACCUCUCUCUCUCUCUCUCUCUCUCUCUCUCUCACAGCCUCAUUCCUCCACACCGCUGCAGCCAUGGUUGACGCUUUCGUUGGCAAAUGGGAACUCAAGGAGAGCGUGAAGUUUGAUGACUACAUGAAGAAGCUGGGUGUGGGCUUUGCUACGCGUCAGGUGGGAAACAUGACCAAGCCCACAACCAUCAUCUCAAAGGAAGGCGACGUGGUGACGUUGAAGACCCAGAGCAGCAUCAAGAACACAGAGCUCUCCUUCAAGCUGGAUGAGGAGUUCGACGAGACCACCGCCGACGACAGGAAAGUUAAGUCCCUUGUAAAAAUAGAGGGUGGGAAGUUGGUGCACGUACAGAAGUGGGACGGAAAAGAGACCAGUCUGGUCAGGUCCAUCGAAGGCAACAACCUCACACUGACACUCACAAUGGAUGAUGUCGUUUCCACACGUCACUACGUCAAGGCAGAGGCCUGAAACCUUCCUCCAGCAUCUUCUUGCCUCAGCUAAAGCCCUGCAACCCCACUUAAACCCAGCCGAGCUUCUGCGGAUUCCCUUCAAUGUACAUCCAUACUGUACUCUAAGUAUUAACUUUACUGCUGACUGUGACCUCCCUUUUCUUUUUAUUUGUUGUUUCGCCUUCUGUAAGAAACACUGAAUAAAUUCCAAUGAUUUGUUGUUGUUUUUCUCUAAAAAUAUCAGUCCAGCACUUGUUAUUGUUUUUUUGAAAAUGCACAGUGCCUAUGAUAAACCUGGAAAAGUGUUUGAAAUUGAAAGCUUGCCUACUGAGGGCUGAAAUACAUAAAUAAAAGUGUCUACACUGUUGAACAAACUGGUAAAACAAUGAAAAAUG